GCUUGGCCGUCCCGCCAGAGCAGGCGCGGCCGGCGGCAGCAGCGGCGCGGAGGACGAGGAGGUUCACUGUCUCAAUGGAAGUGGUACCAGCCUGGGUCCCAGCAGUAGGUUUCACACUCCUGCCACAUGCAGGAGGACUUUUAGGAAGCAAUAUAACCAAAAGGGAAAUCCCAACAUGGUAUGAAACUCUGCAGAAGCCAUCCUGGUGUCCACCUAACUGGGUGUUUGCUCCUGUUUGGGGAACUCUCUAUACAUCUAUGGGAUACGGCUCCUACCUGGUGUGGAAGGAACUGGGGGGCUUCAGUGAAAAGUCAGUGGUUCCUCUGGGUCUGUAUGCAGGGAACCUGGCUUUAAACUGGGCAUGGACUCCAAUAUUUUUUGGAGCUCACAAAAUGGGAUGGGGGUUGGUGACUCUCCUGCUUACAACUGGUACAGCAACAGCUACCACUGCUUCCUGGUACAACAUCAACAAAACAGCAGCUUAUUUGAUGGUUCCUUAUUUAGCUUGGCUAAGCUUGGCUUCUGCACUCAAUUAUCGGGUCUGGAAGGACAAUCGCAACAAGAAAAAGCCUGAAUAAGCAGUUUGCAGCCAAAACCAUGUUUUUCCCACAAUAUUUUUUUAUAUAAAAAGUUAUGGCCUUAUAUUUUUAGGUGAACUAUUUCUGCCAUUACUUUGGUAAUUACAAGCUGACAAAACAAAUACAACUUUAUUGGGCAAGCCACAAAGGGGUGUAUGCCUGAUUGGGUUUUAUAGCAAAUGAGAAGAAAGUCUUGACUGAAAAGUGGUAAGUGCCAUAUUAGAGUAUUAUAUGUUACAUGACAAUAUUACAUGUUACAUGACAACGACAACAGCAUUUUAACUGUUACCAGAAUAAAGCAGGAACCAAACUUGCUUGUGUUCAGAGGAAGAAAUCCAGCCACACACUAACACAGUUUCCAGAAAGGUGUUCCUAACAGGUGUUCCACGGUGAUUGUGGCCUGAAUCUUUCAUAUUUACCACUAGGCACAGUGCUUUUGUGCUAUGAUGUGUAUGACUACAGCCACCAGAUAUUUGUCUUCUGGCCAUUGUACUCUGGAAAUGUUUAAGACAAGCUCUUUUUAACAAUUUGUGCUUUCCCACUUAGAAGAACUGUACAUGCAUUCAACUAAAUGCAUUAAACUACAUGUAAACUUAAUAA